AUGGCAGCCUGUUCCUUUCGGAGGAGCAUCGCUUCCCAGCUUUCAAAGGUUUUGGAUCUGCCACCAGAAAAUUUAAUAAAGUCCAUAUCUGCAGUUCCUGUCUCCAAAAAACGACACGCUGCUGAUUUCCAGCUUUCCAUUGCUUCUGUAACAGAAGACAGUUCUAGUAAUUGCUUAGCCCAAGAUCUUCAACUUCGAGCUCAGAAGCUAGCUGAAAGGCUAAAAUGUGAUGCUGUAGUGAGUGAAAUCAGCGCUGGUCCAGGAACAGUGAACUUUACAAUAAACAGGGAAUUAUUAGCAAAGACUGUGUUGCAGCAGGUGUUGAAAGAUGGCUCAGAGUAUGGAGUAAAAAGUGAACUUUUCUCUACAGUGCCUAGACAAAAGGCAGUGAUUGAGUUCAGCUCCCCUAAUAUUGCCAAAAAGUUUCACAUAGGACAUUUGCGUUCCACAAUAGUGGGGAAUUUUAUAGCAAAUCUCAAAGUUGCACUGGGACAUGAAGUAAUAAGAAUAAAUUACCUCGGUGACUGGGGCAUGCAGUUUGGCUUAUUGGGUGUUGGUUUCCAACGCUUUGGCAGCAAAGACAAGCUAAAAUCCAGUCCUUUACAACACCUUUUUGAGGUGUAUGUGCAGAUUAACAAAGCAGCAGAAGAUGAAAACACAAAAAAACUGGCUAAGGAUUUCUUUAGAAAACUGGAGGAACAUGAUGACCAGACAUUGUCACUUUGGAAACAAUUUAGAGACUUCAGUAUUGAGGAAUAUGUCCGAAUUUAUAAGCGUCUAGGAGUGCACUUUGAUGAAUAUUCUGGAGAAUCAUUUUACCAAGAGAAGUCCCAGGAAGUUCUAAAGAUGUUGGAGGAUAAAGGACUCCUUCAGAAAACAAUAAAAGGGACAGGAAUUGUGGAUCUUUCAGAAAAGAAAGACCUCUCAUCGUUUUCCACCGUUAUGCGUAGUGAUGGGACAUCGCUUUAUAUAACAAGAGAUCUUGCUGCUGCUAUAGACCGAAUGAAUAAGCAUAGCUGGGAUACUAUGAUUUAUGUGACAGAUAAAAGUCAAAGUAAUCACUUUCAACAUUUGUUCCAAAUACUGAAGCUCAUGGGUUAUGACUGGGCAGAAAGGUGCCAGCAUGUGUCUUUUGGUCUAGUUCAAGGGAUGAAGACUCGGAGAGGAGAAGUAAUUUUCCUGGAAGAUGUUUUAAAUGAAAUUCGCUCAAGGAUGUUACAAAACAUGGCUUCUGCAAAAACAACUAAAGAGAUAGAAGACCCUACGGAGACAGCAGAGAAAGUUGGUCUUGCGGCACUAAUAAUUCAGGACUUCCGGGGCCUUCUGUCAUCCGAUUAUCAGUUUAGCUGGGAUCGAGCUCUUCAAAGUCGUGGAGAUACAGGCGUGUUCUUGCAGUACACCCAUGCCAGACUCCAUAGUUUAGAACAGAUGCAUGGGAUUGAGCAGCUAACUGACGUUAAUGUGGCAUGCUUGCAAGAGCCAGAGGCCAUCUCUGUUCUUCAGCAUCUUCUCAGGUAUGAUGAGGUCCUAUACAGAUCGUCUCAGGAUCUGCAACCCAAGCACAUCGUCAGCUACCUCCUCACGCUUAGCCAUCUUGCAGCUGCGGCACAUAAAACCCUUCCUGUGAAAGGCAGCACCCCUGAACUAGCCCAGGCAAGGCUCCGUCUCUUUCAAGCUGCACGCUCAGUUCUAGCCAACGGAAUGAAACUUCUCGGCAUUACACCUGUAACUCAAAUGUAAUGAGGCUGUA